UCACUGUCCAGGCCGAUAUUCCGGAUUGCAGACCCCGCCAAUUUUCUGUGGGAGGAGCGAAUCUGAACUGACGGUUCACUUGUCGCGGAUUCGUCGUGCGAAGCGGUUUUUUUUUCACAACGCAACCAUGUUCGCCGUUCCAGGCUGGUCUCUCGAGACCUCUGCUCUCAAGCAGCAGGAGCAGCAGACCGACGCCAAAUCGAAAUCGAAAUCGGCGACUGGGGCCAAUGGAACCCCUCUGAAGACCAACAAGCGCAAGCGCGAAGAUCAUGUCACCAAGGGAAACGUGGAUGAAAUGUACCGUCGGCACAUCGAGGGCCAGAAGCCAACUCCCAAGGGCCAGAAGCAGAAUGUGACGUUUGAUAAGAAGCAAAAGAAGGAACAGAAGCCCAACGGCGGCGACCAAGGCUCCGCGGGCAAGAAGGGCAAGCAGGAACAGACUUCGGAAGGGAAGCCAGAGCCUGCCGCAGAAGAAGGGAAGCCCGCCGGCAAGAAGCAGAGGAAGAACAAGAACAAGAAGCAGGACCAACAGGAAGGAAACCAAGGCGCUUCCAAUGACGCCUCGGCCACCGAGUCUUUCCCUCCUGCACCACCCAAGACCGAAGCCAUUCUCACCCCUCUCCAGCAAGCCAUGCGACAGAAGCUGAUCUCGUCUCGUUUCCGCCAUCUGAACGAGACGCUAUACACGACGCCCUCCGCCAAGGCUUUCGAGCUCUUCUCCGCCAACCCGGAGUUGUUCGACGAGUACCACGCCGGGUUCUCCCGUCAGGUCAAGGAGUCCUGGCCUUCCAACCCGGUUGACGGCUACAUCAAGGCCUUCCGCGUCAGAGGGGCGGUCAAAGCUCCCAGGAAGGGAGGCAAGCCUGACAACAAACGGAACCCCAUCGCUGCGCUCCCUCGACGACCCAAUGGACAAUGCACCGUUGCUGACCUUGGCUGCGGUGACGCUCAGCUCGCCCGUGCCCUGCUGCCUUCCGCCAAGAAGCUGGAUCUGAAGCUUCUGAGCUAUGACCUUCACGCCCCUAAGGACUCCCCCAUCACCAAGGCGGACAUUUCGAAUCUUCCCUUGGCCGACGGCUCCGUGGACGUCACCAUCUUCUGUCUCAGUCUGAUGGGCACCAACUGGGUGUCGUUCGUGGAGGAGGCCUGGCGAGUCCUGCGCAGUGACGGCAAGGGUGAAUGCUGGGUCAGUGAAGUCAAGAGUCGAUUUGGCAAGGUGCAUCGCAAGAAGGCCCAGAUCGGGGCGAAGAAGCCGUUCAGCAAGUCGGAGAAGAAGAAGAUCAAGAAGAAGGCGGCGGGCGAUGACGACGGAUCGGAUGUGGAGGAUGCCGAGAUCUACGCGGAAGACGCUCGUCCGGCCGACAACGACGACGAGACGGACAUCUCCGCUUUCGUGGAGGUGUUCCGCACGCGAGGCUUCGUUCUGAAACCCGAGUCGGUUGACAAGUCCAACAAGAUGUUCGUGAAGAUGGAGUUCGUCAAGGCGGGUGGUGCACCUACCAAGGGCAAACAUGCCUCGGCCGCUGGUACGAGUGCUGCUGGACCCGGCAAGAAGAGGUUCAUUGACAAGUCUUCUCUCAACGAGAAGGGAAUGAGCGCCGAGGAAGAAGCGGCUGUUCUCAAGCCUUGCGUCUACAAGAUCCGGUAGAUCUGACCGGACGUUGCAUGUUAUGUAGCCAUCUGUACAUAUGAUAUCAUCGGUCAUGGUUUCUGUCAACAACUAAAAGCACGACUGCAAUAGCAGUCACUGAGCAUGGGGCUGGGAAUUCAAAACAUUCGA